UGCAAGUGUUGGUAGAUAAGUCUCUUGUAAAUAGCUUUUGAUUUUGAACUUUCGUUGAAAUAGAAAUUUUCGAUUACAAGGCCCGUCCUAGUAGGCAUAGAUAGCGAUUGUAUGGAGGUUUCAUACUGAUGAUCAUAAAUCGCACUAGGUAUGAUUGUCAGCAAGAAAUUUUCAAUGAAACCUGCUACAGAUUAUAAGAAAAGUUCGUGACAAGAAUUUCAAUUCUAACAUUUUGCUGAAUAGUUACGUCAUAAUUUUCAGUACUAUAUUUAGAUAUUUUGUUCAGUAUUCUUGUUCAUAAUCGAAAAAGCUAUUAGAUUUUCCAAUUAAUAAAGUAUUCUGAUGAGUCUAAAGGUGUUCUAAUGAUAAAUCAUUGGUAGUAUGUAAAAAUUAACAGUUAUCAAAAAUAAGGUAUUUCCUUUAAUUAAAUACAAGCUCAAUUUAAUCAGGAAUCCGGUUAGCAAUUUGAAAAGCUAUUAUACUUUGCCAUCAAUAAACUAUAUAAUCAGUAAUUGUAAAGAAUUAAUGAACGAUUAAAACUUCAGUACGAUUCAUUAGAAGUAAGUCAUACUAGAUCGAUAAAUCAAUGCCGGUCACUCUCAAAAAAAGUGGUUAUUCCUCCCGUGUUAACUAUUUUCAUUUUAAUAUUCGAAAGAUUAUCAUUCGUUUCUAUUAUCUUUUCCUAUCGGAGACGACAUCCUUUUUUCCGAGUUGACAAUCAUUACCAUCUCAGAUGACAAAAUUGAAUACUUCUUCAAUAUUGGAAAUAUUACUAUCCAAUAUGGUAGUUAUUACCAUCGACAAUAAUGAAUCUCACAAUACAAGAAUAGUUAACAUAUUGAGGUACAAUCUGAUAAUCAAUGUCGUUGCAACAUUGUAAUAGUUAUCAUCAUGUUGUUGCGUGUACAAAUAUCGUAAACAUCGUACACCGGAUGCAAAUAUUUGGCAUCAACCCAAACCUUUGUUGAAUUAACAUUUACUUUUAAGCGACCAAGAACAGUUAGGGUUGCUUCUGAAGCUUUUAGGUAAUCGAAACCUAAGUGGUUGAGUGAAGGCAGCGCAAAACAAAGAGCGUCGUGGAUUUGUAUGCGUGCAAUAUGAGAGACGUUGUGUUACUGUGUGCCCCUUUUCGCUCAUUUUAACCCUACUUUGUGUAUGCCAACAGUGCCGUAGUUAGGAAUAUUUACAUGACUGUUGAAUAUUGAAAGAAAAAAAUCCUUUUUUUUCUAUAACACGUCACUGCCGUAGAGUCUGCGAGCUCAUGUUAGUUCCACAGCGAUCCCCCUGAACAUGUAGUAGGGUUUCGAAGCCAUGCACUAAAAAGUUAAAAAAAUGAGAAAAUAGAAUUCAUCAUCCAGACCCCGAGAAGUAUUCGGGAUACCGAUGGAUUUUUAACAUCUUCAGUAGAGAAGGUAAACCUGAAGGUUAAUAUCGAAGCAUUUCGAAAACUUGUGUGAUUAAUAACCCUAUAUUGACCCCUUUGAUGUUCUUGAUAGUUAUUCAGUACCUCGAAAUAUAUUCAAAUAUUCUUACUACCUAGAUUUAUUGACAUUUAGUUUAAUUAAACUUUGUUGCGACGUUAGUCAUUCUAGAUUUCUUAACUUCUGCUCCAUUUUCUUUGUUCUAUUGUGUUAUUUUAUGAAAAUGCUUUCAAAGUAUACGUGUUAUGUGUCUAUCCAACGGAAUUUUCAUAGUAAAAGCUUUCUUCUCGACGUAAUAAGAUAUAAAGCAAUCAAACAAUGGAGAGCAUGCAAACGAAUUGAAGGAACAACAAUACGCUCUGGAUGCGUAAAUCUAGUGACCAAUCAAGUUAUCCCGAUGACACUGAAUACUUCGGAAUCAGUAUGAAUUGUAUUCUCUUCACGAAAUUGUGAGUAACUUAUUUAUUUCCAGUCUUUAUGCCCCGUAAAAAAUCUCUCUACGAUUUUGAAUCGGCAAAGUAAAAUGUGAUUGAAGUUUAUAGUUAUAAUAAAGAUUUUUCUAAUGUUUCAGAUGUUUAAAGUCGUCUUUUCGCUUACACUACACUCGAUAGCUGAUACAAUAGUGAUGUAAAACUCAAUAAAAAUUUUUUAAGUCUCAUAUUAGACUAAAGGUCAAUAUGGAGAUCUACGAAGCAAACCACAUACCAGCGAAUAUGCUUUGACUUACUUAGAGUAUUGUAAAUGUCCGCGUAAAUAGUUACAUUGUGUUACAUAACCUGUCGUUAAUGUCUUUGUUUUUAGAUCUUUUAUUAAGAUUUAUGCUUCUUGGCUAAAACGAAGUAGAAUCCUUGAAGUUAUUGGAUGGCAGGGUCUAUCUUAAAAUUUUUUUUGUAUAGUAUUUUCACAAUUUAGCGCCGAAUCGUUAACUAUUAAUAAAUAGGUUAUUGUUUCGGAAGUUUUAUGUCUUACUACAACUACAGGUUCCCUAAGGACCAGGAAUGUAUUUCGGGCUACCGAUGGACUCGUAACAUCUACACUGAAAAAAGUCGAUUUAUCGAUCAAUUUCUAAGCAAUUCAAAAACUUUUGUGAUUAACCCUAGAGAUUGUCCCCGUUGAUUCUAUUAGAAGUUAUUCGAUAUACAAAUGUAUAUAAACAUUCUUACUGUCAUUAUUCAUAGUCAUUCAAUUCAAGAGUCUCGGCUGCGACAGUCAUUCUAAAUUUCCUAAUUUUGUUCCACUUUCUUUGUUCUAUUGUAUUAUUUUAUAAAAAUGCAGCCAAAGUAUAUGUGUUAUGUGCCUAUUGAAUGGAAUAUUCACGCUGAAGAAUUUCUUAUCAACGUAGUAAAACAUGAAGCAAUCGAACAAUUGAGAAAAUACAAGCGGUUCAAGGGAACAACAAUAUGCUUAGAAGACGUAACAGCGAAAUUAACUUAUGUGGGUUACCAUUUAUGGAUGCGUAAAUCUUGUGACCAAGCCAGUUAUCCUGAUAAGAAUGAAUACUUUGGAAUCAGCUUGAAUCGCAUUCUCUGCGAAGGAUUGGCCAAAAAGUGGAAAGCUUACUUAACAAAGGCAGCAAGAUAUGUCUUCUGGAGUAGCAUCAAUAAUCACCGGAAUAAUUACAAGGAAGUAGAGGACACUGUUGUGAAAAUUGGUAAUGUAGCUGCGAAAUGAGAGUACCAGAACGGUCGUUUUUGGAUGCGCAGGUAUAGAUAUCUACAAUGCGAAUCACAUCUCAGCGAAUAUGCUUCGUCUUGUUCAGAGUAUUGUGAGUGUCUACGUAAACAUUGUGUUAAAUAAGCUGCCGUUAAUGUGUUUUUUUCUAGAUCUUUUAUUAGGAUUUAUGCUUCUCGGCUAAAACGAUGUACAAUUAUUAAAGUUAUUGGUGACAAGAUCUAUCUUAAAAGUUGUUUUAUAUAAUUUUCUAUUGGUACUUUUUCCACAAUUUAGUGGUGUACGAUUAACUAUUAAUAAAUCGAUUAUUGUUUUGGAAGUCUUAUUUUUUAUUAUUACUCUAACCCCUAAAGAACCAGCUUGUUAAUUAUUGAGAAUUUUCUAAAGUCAUUAUAGCAAACAAACCGGUGCGCAAAGUCAUAUGGACCAUAAAAAUGAGUAAAAUAUGACAGAUUUAGUAAAAGUUUAAAGUCGGAUUCACCAAAUGCUUUUGGUUACUUCAAAUAUAUUGUUUUCUUUACAUUGCUCGCUGUAAUUCAAUGUACUGAAUACACAACACAUGUUUGAUAGUAAAUUUACUGCUAAUCAUAAUUGACAACUGAAUAUACUUCCGAAACAUCUGAGGUGAACGACAUUCAUUGGGAGUGUAAUUGUUGGAAAUAACCUGAACUUGACCUCUGAUUGUAAAUCUGGUGGCGUUUGAAAUUGUCAACAACUCAAUUCUGUUAAGUAGGUUGCACUGAACAAUAAUAUAGGUGUCAAGUAGGUUCUCUGACACGCGUCGCCUUUUCAAUUAUCAUUAAUAAAUAAAAAAGACAUGAUUUUAAGAAGUACUUUUAAUUAAUCAAAAGAUUCGAAUCUUGUUCCAUAACCCCAGUAUAAAAUUGAAUAAAUCAUUCAGUUAAAGUAAUUCUAGUAACUUUUGGUGAUUACCAAAGUCGAAUGCACAUUAUUUAACAAAACUUUUCGAGUUUAGUGAUUACUUCCUGAUCCGCCGCUAGAAGAUAAAUCAAACAAUUCCAUUUCCUUGGUUUUGGUCGAGGAACCACGCCGACCAGCGUUCGGCUGGGAAACUGGGUAGUUCAAAGUUUUUGGUUGAAAUAUCUUCUUCCACACCGACUGGCUCGGUUUUUCAAGGGCUUUUUCCUUAGUACCCUUCUCAUUCUCUACACUGUUAGAGGCCACAACGUCCUCUAUCAUUUUGGUUCUCUUUUGCAUUUCGGCACGUUUGAAAUUCAGAAAAUUCAUAUUUCAAAUCUACAACAAUUAAUAAAUUCAUUAAUAUUAUGCUGAAUAAAAUUAAAUUUCCCACAUAAUGAUCCAGUAUCUGUAUUUAAUAUCCCUAAUAAAGAAAUAUGACAUCUCAAUUAGAGAUUGCACAACAUUCUGUCAUCUUCUUUGUUGCCCUUGGCAAUAACCCAUAUCAUUCUUAGCGUAGUUUAAUAGAGUUCUGUAGUUUAAGUUUUACACAAGCCUGCUUUUUCAGUCUUAGGAAAAUCUGGGGCAAAAUUAUUUCAUUCGAUAUCUAAACUCAUUCUGUUGUAAUAUUUGGCCAAGAAACUUAAGCAAGACACAUGAGGUCAAACGUGAUGCAGAAAUGUUCAAAAUAUCUGCUGAUUGCAACCCUUUCUCUUUGGGUCAUCAAUACUGCGAUUAAACGGAGUGAUUCAUGGAAAAAAUAAUCUUACGGCUCAAAAAUUUCCGCAGCAACACUCAUCUAACAUGAUUAUCGUUACUAACUUAAAGAUUCCUGCAGGUAGCAUGUACAGAUUUCCAGAAGUCUUUAAAAAAUAAUUUUUAGUAAUGUUUAAUGACAUCAUUGUAAAGAAUACUUAUAGAUCAUGUCUUCUGCAAGUCCUGUCCAAAUCUUUCGUAAGAACCUAACUGAAGAAUUCCCGUCAAGCAGUUUUCUUGAGAUAGGGUAGAGUUACCAAUUUUGACUACUUUAGGGACUGCUUUGGAGGGUUAAAUAUUUUAAGUAACAUAAUUUGUAAAGACAACGUGACAUAAUCAAUUUCGAAAAUGUGCAAAACGAUACUUUUAUCACACUGUUACAAUGGAAAUUUUGUGAUGUACUUUUCCAUUGACGAAAACAAAGCAUUAAAUGUCCAAAAAUAGGACAGUGGUCACAAACGGUACUUCCAUCCUGAUGCUUUUAGCGAACAUAAUUUAAAUAUUGAACCACGAAUUUAGUAUAGUAACUUAAAAAAUACAACUUACAUUAUUUGCAGUAAUCACCAGAUACAAAAUGCUGUUUACACGAUUCCGCGCAAUUUCACACUAUCCACGAUGCAUCAAGCACCAGCGGUAUAAAUAUCCGAAAUUUAAUUACUUUUUUAUGAUGUUACUAAUAUAAUUAUAGUACAGCCAAUGUUCUUGAUACUUGAAACUUAUUUUGAUUUUAAAUUAAAUGAUACGGCGGUCGUAGAAAUUGAGAAUUCACUUAAAAAAAGAAAAUUACCAAGCGUUAAUAGUAUACUACGUGGCAAGGGAUAAAGUAAGACGAUUUCAGGCGGGGAUGCUGAAUGGCUG